AUGUCUGCUCAGUGCUGCGCGGGCCAGGUGAGCGAGGCCGGGGGCCGCGCGGGGUUGUCGGAACGGACCACCGGGGCAGCAGCCCGGGCGCCAGCCCAGUUCCGCAGUCGGAGGUGGGCCGGUGGUGGGUCGCUGCCCGGGCUGACCCCGCGCCGUCUGGUGAGCGCCUCGGACCCGAGCGCGGUGAUCAGCCGUCCGGGAAAUCCUGUGCACAGGGCGAGCGGGAACGGACGGGGGAAGCCCGGGAGGCGACCCCGCGGUCUUCCCGUCCGGUCUCUGGGAUUCCUCGUGGGGCGGGGCGUGCAGGACACGGGCGGAGAAUCCUGGCUGAUCCAAGGGCGUGUCGUCCCCCGCCCAGGGCACUGGGAGACUGGGGUUUUACACCUUUUGAGCAAGCAUGAAAGCUUCUUUAUUGGCCCUGCUUGUAUCCAGGCAGAGUCAACCAAGCUGGGGGGCUUCAUCAAACAGCUGGCCUGCUGCUGUGGGUCUGCAGGCUGCUCCCUCUGCUGUGGUUGCUGCCCCAAGAUCCGACAGUCGCGGAGCACCCGUGUCAUGUAUGCACUCUACUUCAUCCUGGUCUCCGUCCUCUGCUGCGUCAUGAUGUCAAAAACGGUGGCCAGCAAGAUGAAGGAGCAUAUUCCUUUUUUUGAAGAUAUUUGUAAAGGCAUUAAAGCUGGUGACACAUGCGAGAAGCUGGUGGGGUAUUCUGCAGUGUAUAGAGUCUGUUUUGGAAUGGCUUGUUUCUUCUUUCUCUUCUGCCUGCUGACCUUGAAUGUCAACAACAGCAAAAGCUGCAGAGCCCAUAUUCACAAUGGCUUUUGGUUCUUUAAACUUCUGCUACUGGGGGCCAUGUGCUCAGGAGCUUUCUUCAUUCCAGAUCAGGAGACCUUUCUGAACGCCUGGCGCUAUGUGGGAGCCAUCGGAGGCUUCAUCUUCAUAGGCAUCCAGCUCAUCCUGCUCGUGGAGUUUGCACAUAAAUGGAACAAGAACUGUAUGUCUCAUUUAGCAUUUAAUCAACAACAUUUUUGGAGUAGUAACUAUGUGCCAGACAACGUGGUAGGCACUGAGAAUGUAAAGAUGAGACAGCCGCACUCUGGGCUCCUGCAGUCGGGGGUCAUAAGCUGCUAUGUCACAUACCUGACUUUCUCAGCUCUGUCCAGCAAACCUGUAGAAGUAGUUCUAGAUGAACAUGGGAAGAACCUCACAAUCUGUGCGCCCAGCUUCAGUCAAAACCUGUACCAGGACGAGAACUUGGUUACUGGAUUGGGUACCGCCCUUUUGUUUUCAUGCAUCUUAUAUUCAUGUUUGACAUCGACAACAAGAUCGAGUUCUGAUGCUCUGCAGGGGCGAUAUGCAGCUCCUGAACUGGAAGUAGCCCGGUGUUGUUUUUGCUUUGGUCCCGAUGGAGAAGACACUGAAGAGCAGCAGAAUGUGAAGGAGGGACCAUGGGUCAUUUAUGACGAGAAGAGAGGCACCGUGUACAGCUAUUCCUAUUUCCACUUUGUGUUCUUCUUGGCUUCCCUCUAUGCGAUGAUGACUGUCACCCACUGGUUCAACUAUGAAAGUGCCAACAUUGAGACCUUCUUCAGUGGGAGCUGGUCCAUCUUCUGGGUCAAGAUGGCCUCCUGCUGGAUGUGUGUGCUGCUGUACCUGUGGACACUGGUCGCUCCCCUCUGCUGUCCCUCUCGGCAGUUCUCUGUGUGACAAUGUCGGCAAUCCCCUUGGUUUAGCAGUCCUGCAGGCUGGAAGUGCCAUCCUUUAAACAAGGGUCCCAGAGGGUUGAACAGUGACUGGAGCCCUGUGAAAAGCUGACAUCUCCUGGUGGCUUGAGUAGGUCUGAAAAACCUUUCAGGGGGG